UGGACUUUGCUGGAUGCUGUUUUUGAUAGCAGACUCCAGUGGGGCUUUAGCUCUGUCGCCCAAACCUGCGUCAGCUGAGGAACGUCAUUUUGCUUCUCGAAUUGGCACAAAUUAACCGAGUUGCAUCUUUGGCUCCUUAUUUUGCUAGAGCCUGUGUUCACGUUGCUCUUGUUUUCCUGUCACUGCUGAGGGCUCCAGAGAACUGGCAAAGUGAACAAUGGCUCUGCCAAGUAAAGUGCUGAACGAGAUACGGCAGGGAGAAGGUUCCCAACCUGGAACGUAAUAACGGGCAAAGCAACAAAUCUGAGCAGCGGGCUUCCUUCUCGGUUGCUGGAGCGAACUUGGACUUCAUCAGUGAUGUUGAGGCAGCAGCAUGGGGUGCACUGCUGCAUUUCCUUCCCUCUGUCUUCCUCCAUCUGCUCCUCCCAACCAGGCCCCAUUGCCCAAUUACUCCCAGUAAUCCCUUUGUAUUAAUUGCAUAAUCCAAAAUGGGGUAGGUGUGUUGUUUUCUUGGCAACAGACUCUGCUGAGUAGACUCUUUCCUCUCUUGUAAAUGCCAAAUGACUGUAUAAGGACUCUUGCUUCAACCUGGAGGCUCUGUUCGCAGUGAACAUAAAUUGAAAUUGCAGAUGACGGAGCAUAUGAUCCUGUCUUGCAAACCCCUCCUAUGUACGGGAGUGCUCCCUGCAGUGCGCUUCCCGCUGUUAGUCCCACGCUUCGAAGCGUCCCCCCUGCUGUUCGGAGCAUGCAGUGCAUUACAGGGUGUAGGAGCAUGCCUGGUUCUUUAGAAAACAGUCAAUUAAUUGUUUUUGUUCUUUGAUUUCCAGUUUGCAAGAGCAUGGACAUCCGGAACAACCUGACCCGGCUCAAUAUGCUGGAGAACUGCACUGUGAUUGAGGGCCACUUGCAAAUAUUACUGAUGUUCAAAACCAAGCCUGAAGAUUUCCGUGAGCUCAGCUUUCCCAAACUGACUAUGAUUACAGACUACUUACUGCUUUUUCGGGUUUAUGGCCUUGAAAGUUUAAAGGGGCUUUUCCCCAACCUCACUGUGAUUCGAGGAACUCAUCUCUUCUUUAACUAUGCUUUGGUCAUAUUCGAGAUGGUUCACUUGAAAGAGAUAGGCCUUUAUAACCUGAUGAACAUUACUCGAGGUGCUGUGCGGAUUGAGAAGAACAAUGAACUGUGUUACUUGUCCACAAUUGACUGGUCAAGAAUCUUGGACUCCGUGGAAGACAACUACAUCGUUGCUAACAAGGAUGAUAAAGAGGAGUGUGGAGAUGUGUGUCCAGGAACUGUGAAAGGAAAGAGCAACUGCCCACCUACUGUAAUAAACGGCAUCUUCAUCGAGCGCUGCUGGACCCACGAUCGCUGUCAGAGAGUUUGUCCUACCGCUUGCAAGUCUCAAGGCUGCACCUCGGACGGACGGUGCUGCCACCGCGAGUGCCUGGGCGACUGCGCCGAGCCCAACAGUCCUGAAAAGUGUGUGGCUUGUCGCAAUUUUUACCUCAACGGCACGUGUGUGGAGACCUGCCCGCCCAGCUACUACCGGUUCGAGGGCUGGCGCUGUGUGACCUUCAGCUUCUGCCAGGACCUGCACAACAAGUGCAAGAACGCCAGGGAGUCGGGGUGCCACGUCAUCCACAACAACGAGUGCGUGCACGAGUGUCCCUCUGGCUACACCAUGAACUCCAGCAACCUGCAUUGCACCCCCUGUGCGGGGCCCUGCCCCAAGGUGUGCGACUUUGGCAAGGAGAAGACCAUCGAUUCGGUGACGUCGGCACAGGAGCUCCGUGGCUGCACCAUCAUUAAUGGAAGCUUAGUCAUAAACAUCCGUGGGGGAAAUAACAUAGCAGCUGAGCUAGAAGCAAAUCUUGGCUUGGUUGAAGAAAUCUCAGGGUACCUAAAAAUUCGACGCUCCUAUGCCUUGGUUUCUCUCUCUUUCUUUCGUAAACUGCAUCUGAUUAAAGGGGAGACGCUAGAAGCUGGGAAUUACUCCUUCUACGCCCUGGACAAUCAGAACCUGCGCCAGCUCUGGGACUGGAGCAAGCACAACCUCACCAUUGCACGGGGGAAGCUCUUCUUCCACUACAACCCCAAACUGUGCUUAUCCGAAAUCCACAAAAUGGAGGAGAUCUCUGGGACUAAGGGACGUCAGGAGAGGAACGACAUAGCCCUGAAGACGAAUGGCGACCAGGCCUCUUGUGAGAAUGAGCUGCUGAAAUUCUCUUUCAUCAGAACGUCCCACGACAAGAUCUUGCUGAGGUGGGAGCCGUACUGGCCCCCUGACUUCCGUGAUCUCCUGGGAUUUAUGCUCUUCUACAAAGAAGCUCCCUAUCAGAAUGUGACGGAAUUUGAUGGCCAAGACGCCUGCGGAUCCAACAGCUGGACAGUGCUCGAUGUUGACCCUCCCCUGCGGUCAAAUGAGCCAAAAACACAGAGCCACCCGGGCUGGCUGCUGCGUGGCCUGAAGCCCUGGACACAGUAUGCCGUGUUUGUGAAAACGCUGGUCACCUUCUCAGACGAGAGGAGAACCUAUGGAGCCAAGAGUGAAAUUAUCUAUGUGCAGACAAAUGCCACAGUUCCCUCAGUCCCGUUAGAUCCAAUAUCGGUUUCCAACUCCUCGUCCCAGAUCAUUCUGAAGUGGAAGCCACCCUCGGAGCCCAAUGGGAACAUUACGCACUACCUGGUGUACUGGCAGCAGCAGUCUGAGGACAGCGAGCUGUACGAGCUCGAUUACUGCCUGAAGGGUUUAAAAUUGCCCUCAAGGACGUGGUCUCCCCCUUUUGAGUCUGAAGACCCUCAGAAAUACAAUCAAAGCGAAAGCGAGGAGGUCAGUGGGGAGUGCUGCUCCUGCCCGAAGACGGACUCUCAGAUCCAGAAGGAGCUGGAGGAGUCUGCCUUCCGCAAGACGUUCGAGAACUAUCUGCACAACGAGGUCUUCGUCCCCAGGCCGUCGAGAAAACGGAGAGACCUUGGCACCGUGGCAAAUGCCACUGUGGUGAUGCCCACCAUCACCUCCUCACCAAACACCUCUGCUGCAGCCACUGGGAACACGGAGGAGCAGAAGCCUUUUGAGAGAGUGAUGUUUAAGGAGUCCACGGUUAUCUCAGGUCUGCGGCAUUUUACUGGGUAUCGUAUUGAACUGCAUGCUUGUAACCACGAUGCCCAGGAGUCCCGGUGCAGUGUCGCAGCCUACGUCAGUGCCAGAACCAUGCCGGAAGCUAAAGCAGAUGACAUCGUGGGUCCAGUGAGCCAUGAACUGGUGGAAAAAAAUGCUGUUCAUUUGAAGUGGCAGGAGCCAAAGGAGCCAAAUGGGCUGAUCGUGCUGUAUGAAGUGAAUUAUGGACGUCUUGGGGAAUCAGAGGAAGCGCACUACUGUGUCUCCCGUAAGCAGUUUGCCAGUGAGCAGGGCUGUAAACUGCGUGCACUACAGCCUGGUAACUACAGCGUCCGGAUCCGAGCCACCUCGCUGGCAGGCAACGGGUCGUGGACAGAGCCGACUUACUUCUACGUGGCUGACUAUUUGAAUGCCCAGCCUAAUAUCGCUGUUAUUGUUGUCCCGAUCAUUUUUGCCUCAAUAAUUAUUGGAGCUAUUGGCAUUGUGUACGUGCUUGUGAAAAAGAGACAAACCGAAGGACCAACUGGGCCUCUCUACGCUUCUUCUAACCCAGAGUACCUCAGCGCCAGCGACGUUUAUGUCCCCGAUGAAUGGGAAGUGGCCCGAGACAAGAUUGCCCUCCUCCGUGAGCUGGGUCAAGGCUCCUUUGGGAUGGUGUAUGAAGGGAUCGCCAAAGACAUCGUGAAAGGGGAGCCGGAGACCCGGGUCGCCGUGAAAACCGUGAACGAAUCUGCCAGUCUUCGGGAGCGCAUCGAGUUUCUGAACGAAGCUUCAGUCAUGAAAGGGUUCAGUUGCCAUCAUGUGGUGCGUCUCCUAGGGGUGGUCUCCAAAGGCCAGCCUACGCUGGUUGUCAUGGAGCUGAUGGCACAUGGAGAUAUGAAAAGCUACCUGCGUUCCCUGAGACCUGAUGCUGAGAAUAACCCUGGCCGUCCCCCACCAACUCUCAGGGAGAUGAUACAGAUGGCUGCAGAGAUUGCUGAUGGUAUGGCUUAUCUGAAUGCCAAAAAAUUUGUCCACCGAGACCUGGCAGCUCGUAAUUGCAUGGUUGCAGAAGACUUUACUGUAAAAAUUGGAGACUUCGGCAUGACCAGAGACAUCUACGAGACCGAUUAUUACCGUAAGGGAGGCAAAGGACUGCUGCCUGUGAGGUGGAUGGCGCCCGAGUCGCUGAAGGAUGGCGUCUUUACUACUUACUCAGAUGUGUGGUCAUUCGGAGUUGUGCUUUGGGAGAUAAGUAGCUUGGCGGAGCAGCCGUACCAGGGACUGUCCAACGAACAGGUGCUAAAAUUUGUAAUGGACGGAGGGUACCUGGAUCAGCCAGACAACUGUCCAGAGCGACUGCACAGACUGAUGCAGAUGUGCUGGCAGUACAACCCCAGGAUGCGCCCCACCUUUAUUGAGAUCAUUGAGAUGCUGAAGGAGGACCUCCACCCCAGCUUCCAGGAGGUCUCAUUCUUCUACAGUGAAGAAAAUAAACCUCCGGACACGGAGGAGUUUGAGAUGGACUUUGAGAACAUGGAGAGCAUUCCCCUGGACCCCUCAUCGUACUCGCAGAGGGACAAAGUCCUGGGGCGGGACAAUGGGCCCUCCAUGGGCCUCAAGGGGAACUACGAAGAGCACAUACCUUACACUCACAUGAACGGCGGCAAGAAGAACGGGCGGAUUCUCUCCAUGCCUCGGUCAAGCCCCUCCUAACACUUUCUGUUUGGCCCAAGGGUUGUGUCAACGCUUUUCCCCUCCACAGAUCUCAGGACUCUUGUUGUUGCUGCCACAGUGCAUGACACGCAUCUACAAACUCUUUCUUCAGAUUUUUAAUCAUCCAGCGAUUAAGAGACUUUUUUU